UGUACCUGUUAGUGUAUAUAUAACUCUCACACUUGAACAGAUUUUUAAACUUCCUGAUUUGGAAAAUAAUAUUUUUUUUCAACAAUUGAGGUAACAUUGAAUGUUUAAUUCAUUCGGGUUUACAUACAUCGAUGUUGGGAUUUUGGGGAUAAACAUUACAUAUUCCUUUAUUUGGAACAAUGAAGUGGAGUUUAAAUUUGAUAUUGCUUGUAUGGUGUAUAUGGUUAAAUGUUAGCAACAACCAGGUAGAAGGAGUGAUUGAUGAAAAUUGUCAAGUAGGGUGUGCAUGCUGUAUAGAUAGAAAAUGUGGACCAGGGGAAUGGUUUCCUAACGAAUGUACAUUAGGCUGUAUUGAUGGUCAUAGAUCUGCUCGAUGUUAUGAGCUAUGUACAUACAAUUGUACACAAUGCCCUAAUUAUAGAGAUGAGUGUACUGCGUGCUAUGGUGGCUAUUAUCCCGGCGUUGCUAGAGAUUGCACAUCACAAUGUUUACCCGGAUGUAAAACAUGCACAUCAGGAAUCACGUGUACAUCAUGCAAGGAGGGAUAUAAUAAUGACAAUGGUCGGAAUGAUUGUAGCAAUCGUUACUGUCCUGAAAAUUGUAAUUGUGAUAACGGUCAAUGCACAUCAUGUAAGGACGGAUAUUACGAUACCAGUAAUAAAUGUAAUAGUUUAUGUCCAGAUAACUGUGUCACAUGUACAUCGAUUACUUAUUGUGGAUCGUGUAAGGAUGGUUAUUAUAAAGGUAACCAGUACGACAACAAUAACCCCCCUUUGAGAAACGACUGUACAUACAAAUGUCGAGAUAACUGUCUACAAUGUUCGUCAUAUAACAGUUGCUUGCUUUGUAAAACUGGUCUUUAUGGAUCGACAUGCGACAACAGUUGUUCAGUUGGUUGUAUAUCAAACACUUGCGAUAUACUAACUGGUUACUGUCAUUGUUCUCUUAAUUUUGUUGGGAAAAGAUGUGACAAAUGCACAACCGGGCGUUUUGGAAAUUUGUGCGAUCAACAAUGUCCUCCAGGGUGUAAAAGUAAUGUGUGUGAUAAAAAUUCCGGAGAUUGUACAGACGGAUGUACUAUAGACACGAUCGUUGGGGAUAAAUGUAGCGUUUGUUCAACCGGCUGGUAUGGACACUACUGUAACAUGUCUUGUUCUGUUGGCUGUAAAAAUCAGCAAUGUGAGAAAAAUGAUGGUGAUUGCUCCUAUGGAUGUCUUAAUAACUUUGUAGGAGGACAAUGCAAUGAAUGCAUACCUGGAAAAUAUGGAGCAUCAUGCAACAAAGGCUGUCCAAAUAACUGUGACGAGAAAGGCUGCUUAAAAGACUCUGGCAAUUGUAUAAGCUGUCGUGUCAACUUUGAUGGGAAAAAUUGUGAUAAAUGUCGUCAUGGUUUUUAUGAUACACUUUGCUCUGAGAGAUGCCCGAUUAAUUGUUUGAACGGUGUAUGUGAUAGAGAUACAGGCACAUGCUCUGAUGGCUGUUUAGACAAUUAUUCAGGUGACAGAUGUUGUAUAAAUAAUAACAACUGUAUCACAUGUUGGUCAGAUACAAGGUGUAAACAAUGUAAGUCUGGAUACUUCAAUGACAAAUGUAACAAACAAUGUCAUCAUAACUGUCUAAUGUCUUGUCAUAUUGAAACCGGUCUUUGUGAUGGUUGCAAAGGAAACUUUUAUGGUGAUAGUUGCAAUUUGUCAUGUGCCUCUACAUGCAUGACUCAAACAACAGGCGGGAGUAUAUGUCAGCAAAGUAAUGGAAAGUGUCUAUAUGGAUGCGAAGAUGGUUUCCAUGGUUUACAGUGUUCUGAGGAAUGUUCUGUUUAUUGCAACGAUACACUCUGUGAGCAAGACGAUGGCAAAUGUACAAAAGGUUGCAAAUCGAAAGUAAAGAAUGACAAAAUUUGCCCUCUGACAUCCGACUUAGGUUCCUCAGAGCAGUCAGUAAAUACAGCUGCUAUAUCACUUGGAACAUUUCUUGCUGUGUCAGUAGUUGUUAACAUCGUAUUUAUGAUUACGUUUAUUCUCCGGAAAUAUCGGAAAAGGGUCAAUGAUACUUACAAAACAAAAGGACCUGUUUAUGAAAACUCUGGCAUUGAAAUGGAAUGUGGAAAUUCAGCAAAUGCUGGCAGUGCAAGCAAGCAUGGAAUAAUACAAGGUAUUUUUUGUUGGUUUUUUCUAGACUUUUAA